AUGAUGAAGUCCAAUAACGAAGUGCUCACAAUUACAGCUACGUUGCAACAUGUAGUGACGUGUCUUGGACGUUUUUCAGAGGUUUCAGUGCUUUUAUGCGAAAAGCUUUCCAGCAAUAGAGUGUUUCUUGAGAGGAGCAAGCAGUUUCUUGCCAAAACGGGCAUCUUCAACAGAAUCCACGACAAUAAAGUCUACAAAGCUGAUGACCCCGGCCUUUUAUUUUUGUAUUAUUUCUUAGCCCCAUUGCUUAAUAUUGCCGCAAGGGAUGAUCUAGUUAUCGAAAUGAAAGAAGUUGGAUUCACAGAUGCUUUAAAAGAGUUUCUGUCCAAAGAAGAUCCUAACAUUUGGAUGCAGGUUCUGACAUUGCUAGCAGCAUUAGUGACAGAAGAAGAAUGUGAUGUAAUACUGUCAAACAAAGAGCGAGUUGAAGAGUUAUUGAACUUGCUUGCAAAAGGAUUGAAAGAAAGCGAGCUAAGGGUAAGAGGCUGGUCAUGCCCACGCGCUGUUGCUCAUACUAUUCGUUUGUUGGCGAGGAACGAUGCAAACAAGAGAAUGCUUGUUGAAUUGGGCGCUUUUCAAUUGUUGUGUAAACUUGGAAAGGUCAAUGGAAAAGAGGAACAAAUGGAAAGUUUGCAGUCAAUUUGGCUACUAUGUUUUGACGAGAAAAACAAGAAAGAAGCUGUCGACAAUGAAAAGAUUGGAAUAGUGGAUCUUCUCCUCGAACUCCAAGGAGACACUGACAAAGAUAUUGCACGUGCCUCGCGUAAAGCGUUGUGGACUAUACGCGAUGAACUGAGCAAAUCAAAGAACAGGCGUUACAGGAGAACAGGUGAAAAAUACAAACUAUCUGCAACACAGUACCAAACACAUACUACAGGAAAAGAUCGCUCUAAGCCUAGGGCUGAACUAACGGCAGAAACGGACGAUUGUAAAAACAAGUAUACCACUAAAGUACAACAUGGUAGUAUUUAUAACACGAAAUCAAUUCUGAAUUACGCCAAAGCAAAGAAACAUAUCAUGAUAUCCUACAAUAAGACCCACAGAGAAGUUCUAUUGAAAAUAAAAGAAAGAAUUUCUAGACGUGGAUAUUCGGUUUGGAUGGAUGUUGACAAUAUGUCAGGCUCCACACUCGACUCAAUGGCUCGCGCUGUGGAAGAUGCUGAAAUUGUACUGAUAUGCAUGUCACAGAUGUACAAAGACAGUAAUAACUGCCAUGCUGAGGCUGAGUAUGCCUUUGCAUUAAAGAAAAAAAUUAUUCCACUGUACAUGGAACGGAACUACAAGCCUGAUGGAUGGCUGGCGAUUUUAUGUGGGACAAAACUAUAUUUUGACUUCAGCGGCAAAUAUGACUAUGAGGAUAAGUUAAAAGAAUUGCUAAAAGAAAUUGAAAGACAGUUUCCAGGAUCAUCAAAACCACAGGCAGUGAAAAGGCGACAGCAGUUCGCCUUAAGUGCACGUUUUUGAUCAAAUGCCUUCAUCACAUGAUGAACAUUCGCUCCAGGUCAAUACUAGCUAAACUAGUUGAUGGUCGCAAUGAUACAUCGGUGAUAAUUAGAAGAUAUCACUUCAUGACACUGAUAUAAAUGCAUAUGUAGUAUCAAUUUCCGUUCCAAAUGUAUGUGGUCUAGUUAAAGGCACACACUAUAGGUUGAUGCAAAAACAAUGUUGUUUCUUUUUAAUUUUAAUGCAUUAUCAUGUUGAACUCAUCUGACUUUUAUGAUAAAAAGGCAUUUGAUUCAGGAACAUACUAAAACAUAGUAACCUUUAAAAUCUUCUUAUGUUUAACAGCUGCGUGGCCACAGUUUCCAUGGUUAAAAAAGUGCCAGCAUACGGCUUAUAUGCAUCAACCUAUAUUGUGCGACUUUAAUGUUCUACAAACAAAAGGUAAAUGAUUAUGAAACACACAAGACACCAUACCAAGUUAACGACAAUUGAAUGAAGCGUCUCUCAAUAUUUCUGAUUAGCACCACUUAGUGAACACAUAACACAUGUACAUAUCAUUGUAACGGAGCAACAAACAUGACUGUUGUUCAUCCGAUAUUUAUGAUUUCAUUAAUAAUCAAACAUCAGGUAUCAAUUCAAACCAUUAAAGCACGUUGCUACAGUUGCAAUGCUUGUCUGAUCAAAUAUCAGCAAAGUCAUAUGAAAGUUUGUCAGGUUUGUUUCUGAUGUAUUGAUUGUGAAUCUUGAAUAUUAGUUUUAUGUUUUUUUUGGUUUUAGUUCACUACAAUUUAUUAUUUGAUUAUUGGGUUGUGUGAUGUGUAUGCCUUUUAUAAGAAGGCCUGUGUUUUGAUGUUACAGUAGUGUCUAGUAGUAUUUAGUGUGAUGACGAUUCCAAAGAUCAAACAGUGUUUAAUUAAAGUAUGAUUUGUACCAUAAAUUGGUUUAUAUGCGAUAUAAUUUAAAUUGUAUAUUUACUGUUCCAUUAUGUCAUAUUUACGAUAGUGAAUACAUUUAAUAUUAAAAAUAGUCGCACUUGAAAAAAUUAACUUUACUAUUCUAAAGAGGAAUACGCAGAUUGCUGGCAGUUAUGAUCGUGUGAAAUAAAUGUUGUAGCCCUGCUGUAUACUAACUGCAUUUAAUUAAAUUAUGUCGAUGUAAUUUUCUUCAAUCGAGUGCUUAACAAAGACACCUGAAUUGAACUGUAAAAUUUACAGCGAAAAAUAUUUUUUUAUUAUCAAAGAGUAUUAAUUUUUAUUUGUAUGAAGGAUAGUAUACAAGUAUAACAUUGCUUAUUGAGUGAUAAGAAACUUGUCAACAUGAGGAAAUACUGUCGACCGACUUGACAAAUCUACCAUUACUCAGUCAGUCAUUUAUAUUUAUUUUGUUAUUCCAAAACAAUUUAAGGCGACCAAUAGUUUGUUGUUAAAACAAACUGACAUUUGAACCCAGAAAGACUUUCAAGAUCGUUUACUUACCGUAUUAUUAUAAUUGUCGUCUGUUUACAUCAGAAAUUUAAUAUCAAUGAAAUCACACAGUCAUCGGUAAUUACCGAGUAUUUUCGUACCGGAUUACAAAAUUAUUUUACAGGAGAAUUCCUUUCUCUUAGCGACAGUAAAUAUCAGCAGUACGGAUAUAUACCGAUACCGUGUCUAAGAUAUUAUUACAAAAAAAAAAUGGCAUCAAGGAAUUUAGGUUGCCCUAAUAUUGGCUUGAUUUUAUACUCUGCUUAGAGUACUCUUCGUUUUAUCAUACAAGUUGUAUAAGCAUUUCGAAAGUGUAUUUGAUUUUACGCUAAGAAAUUGAUUAUUAUAAGUUAAUGUUGUUAAAGAACGUUUCUAAAUCACAAUUUUGUAUACUUAAUUAGAUAACAAUUUAUAUUGUUAUAACAGGUUGUGUUUGUAUAUCCUUUUAAAUUGUAUUUUUUUGUAUCUUUUAAUAUGCAUGAUAUAUUACUUUUUAAACAAGGUUGAAAUAAUACUAUAUAUACAUAUGUAUAAUGUGUUUCCGGUCUUGAUCGAAAAAAUCCUAGCCAUGGCACUUGCGGAAGCUGGUAACGAGGCUUACCGAUCAACUGUACCGGCCAUGUGGCUUGCCCGACAGUUUUCGAUCAGGACCGGAAGGAUCUUUAUUCUUGCAUUACUUUAAACUUCAAUUCUUAUAGAAAAAUAUUGUUUUGUACAAUUUACAAAAUAGCACUUGCGAAGUUGUUAACCGACGUCAUGAUGCCUUGUUAUUUAAGUUAACGUCAAAUAGUUCCUCUAAAGCAGUGUUUUUUUCAAGAUGAUUUCUUUCGUUCUGUCAUUUCAUUUCUUAAUUUUUGUUUUCAGUUGCGCUGAAUUGAAAGUUAUAAUUAACUCUUCGUAACCUUCAUAAUAAGAGAAAUCAGACUUGAUGGGUUGUUGUGAUUUAGUCAUCUGGCAUAGGGAAGCAAAACGUAAUGUUCCGGCCACAUUAUAAUUCGAUGUUCAAGUCCAUGUUUCAUUUUUUAGAUAUACGCUUGCUUGGCAUAUAAUACACAUGCUAUUAAGACAACUAACAAAAACAACAAUAAUGGAUACUACGUCUUGUGUUUUAUCUCACAUGAGAACCUUAUUAAAUUAAAUCACCAUUCUUUGUGUGUCAGCAACACUUAAAUAUCAUGACUUCCUUUAUGUGAGAAAUAGCUAUUGGCAUACAUGUAUUGUGGGCGGCUCUGUCCCGACCGUAUUUCAAAUAUUAAGGGAUUUACAUUUAUUUUACUUUAAAUAAAAAAAAAUAUUUACCUCUAUAAAUCAUGUUUAUUUUUCAUUUUAUAGCUCUGUGGCCACAAACUCCACUGUUAAAAAUGCGCCAAUGUAUUGCUUAUAUACUUGUAUCUGUAUACAAAUGAUAUUCUCUUCUUUUCUUUAACGUGUUGAUUAUUAAUGUAAAGCUGUAAUGUUCUGCUAUUAUCCUAUACCUUCUGUGGCCUUUCAUUCGUUUGGUUUAAUUUAAAAGUUAAAAGUGAUGCCUUAUAUGCCUUUAUUAAUAUCAAUGUUUCUAAUACGAUAUUAUUGAUGAUUUAAAGCUCUAGCUCACCAAAAAAUAUCGGAAAAAGUGUCUGGGACCUACAUAUAUACCCUUUUUGUUAGGCGUAUGAAACCUGAAACAAACCUUUUUGUAUGCCUUACUUGUAAUUAUUGCUUACUUGCAGGAGUUCUAACUAACUGAUAUUUGGCAGUCCCUAGACUGACAUUUUUUCUGAAAUCUACCACUUUGACUCAAACUUUUUACAUGAUAAGUAUGGACCCUGUCUUUUAAAUAAACACGAUUCCUAAAGUACAAUCUUUGAUAUAACCUUUUUGUGCCCCGCUAAGCUUGGCAUGGCAUGGCUUACUCUGUCUGACAUUGUCGUCGAAAGCACCUUGCUUUUGAUUACAAUCGAACACUUUGAACGACUUUUAUGUUUUCAAGCUUGGUUUGCACAUUAGUUAUGGUUAGAAGAUGAACCCUAUAUAUUGUGGAGUCAAAGUUCAGGGUCAUGGUGACCUUUACAAGAUAGAUUAUUGGCACUUCUGAUAGGCGACACAUCGUAAAAUUAUAAUGACCUGUAAUAAUGUAGUAAAUAUUUACUACAUUGUUUGAGUGAAUGUUUUAAUUCUGAAAAUAUAAAACAUAAUAUGCAAAUGAUGUAAAAUUGCCAACAUGUACAUAUGGAGUUAAUUUUAGGGGAAAUUGGACAUACAAGUGUUUUCUUUGUCAAUAAACUUAAUAAAUAUUA